UUGGCCAUGGGCAGAGCGAGGGCGAUCGUAUGGUUGUCUCAGAUUUCCAUGUCUUCAUCAGGGACAGCUUGCAGCACAUUGAUCUCAUGAAGAAAGAGCACCCUGAGCUGCCUAUUCUCAUUCUGGGGCACUCCAUGGGGGGAGCCAUCUCCAUUCUGACAGCUAGUGAGAGACCCAGUGAGUUUUCAGGCAUGCUGUUAAUCUCUCCUUUAGUGGUAGCCAGCCCAGAAGUCGCCACUCCCAUCAAGGUUUUUGCAGCGAAAGUGCUCAACUUUGUUCUCCCAAACCUGUCACUGGGAUCGAUAGAUCCAAAUGCAAUUUCCCGGAACAAGAAGGAGAUGGAGUCUUAUACAUCCGAUCCCUUGGUCUACCAUGGUGGCAUGAAGGUCUCCUUCGUCAUCCAGCUGAUGAAUGCCAUUGCCAGAAUUGAGCGAGCUCUGCCCAAGCUGACUUUGCCCAUCCUGGUGCUACACGGAUCUUCCGACGGCUCUUCCGACAAGCUCUGCGAUAUCAAAGGCUCCUAUUUACUGAUGGACACAGUGCAGAGUCAGGACAAAACACUCAAGGUGUAUGAGGAAGCCUAUCAUGCCCUCCACAAAGAGCUGCCUGAGGUCUCUACCUCUGUCUUCACAGAAAUACUGACAUGGAUUGGCCAGAAGGUCUCAGCAGCUGGGGAAACCAGCCAUACUUAA